GUAGCCUAGAAUUCUUGAUAUUAUUGAACGACCAACUCAUUUGUUAAAUAUUUAAGAUAUGUAAGAUAUAGACAUAUACAGCAUACAGGGUAAGAGGCUAUUAGCGUGUAAGGGAAGAACAGCAAUGGGGAAACCUCACGUACUAAUGGUGCCAUUCCCAGUUCAAGGGCAUGUGAUCCCCAUGUUUGAACUCGCGUACUGCUUAGCCAAACACAGGAUAAGAACCACAAUCGUGAACACAGAGAUCGUCCACCACCGUCUCCUCAAUUCCACCUCCGCGUUGGACGAUAGUAUCCGUUUGGUUUCAGUUCCGGAUGGACUAGAAUCAGGCGAGAGACAGAUUCCGGGGAAGCUGAUGGAGGCGGUGUGCAGAGUGAUGCCUGUGAAAAUCGAGGAGUUGAUACGAGAGAUUGGUGGAUGCUCGGCGGAGGAUAAGGUGAGUUGCAUUGUUUAUGAUCAGAGCCUCGGCAGAAUUCAGCAGGUUGCGGAGAGGAUGGGAAUUGGAUCUGUGGCCUUUCUGCCCGCAGCGGCCGCUUUGUUGGUGUUGGGGUUCAACAUUCCCAAGUUGAUUCAGGAUGGAAUUAUUGACGACCAAGGAAAUCCAUUAACGGACAAGGCGGUUCAGUUUGCAGCAACAAUGCCCAUCAUGAGCCCGUCCGACUUCGUCUGGCACCGUCUCAAAAUCGCCUCACUGCAGAAACUACUCUUCCACAUCAUGACUGAAAACAACACACCAACAGAAUCAGCAGACUGGCUCAUUUGCAACUCCGUCCUCGAUCUCGAGCCAGGAGCAUUCACCAUGGCUCCACAGAUACUCCCCAUCGGCCCUCUGCUAGCCACCAAUAACCGGCCGGCACAUUCAGCCGGCGGGCAUUUCUGGCAGCAAGAGUACGAGUGCCUAGAAUGGCUCGACAGGCAGCCACCCUGCUCAGUGAUAUACGUUGCGUUUGGGAGCUCUGUAAUGCUCAAAAAAGCUCAUGUCAAAGAGUUAGCAUUAGGGCUGGAGCUCGCCAACAGGCCGUUCCUGUGGGUGGUUCGUCCCGAAGCCAUUGAUGGGGCUGACGAUUGGGAAGAGUUCUUGGAGAGAGUGGCGGGUCGAGGGCGGAUCAUCGGUUGGGCGCCUCAGCAGAGAGUUUUGGAGCAUCCUUCAACCGCUUGUUUUAUAAGUCACUGUGGCUGGAACUCGACUCUGGAAAGUGUGAGCAGCGGAGUUCCAAUGCUGUGUUGGCCUUAUUUUGCGGAUCAGUUUAUUAAUCAGAGCUAUGUUUGUGAUAUUUGGAAGGUGGGAUUGCGACUUGAAGAGGACGGUGCUAACGGGAUCGUGGCAUCGGAAGAAAUUAACAGAAAGAUCGAUCGGUUGCUUGGGGACGGUGCGUUCAGGGGGAGAGCUUUGCAUUUGAAGGGAAAGGUGUGGAGCAGUGCAAGAGAAGGGGGACAUUCUCAUGAAAAUCUAAGCAAGUUUAUCAAUUGGAUAAAGAAAUGAAACUUCAAGCGGGAUUUGAUUUUAUAUUGUGAAGUAUAUUGUAUCCUCUAAUUUAUCUAAUACACAUACAUACAAUAUGUGUAUAAAAAUUACGUCAUAUAUUUUAUUCGGAAAAAGACAAUGCGUAUGUGGUGUGAUCUCAAAUAUGUUAGCGUGAAGCCAAUGGUAUUGUACGAGAACAAUUCAUGGAUUAAUGUAUGUGAUGAGUCUGUUUGUGAAUUGUAAUUAAACUUUCUGAA